AUGGCUAGGGGAAGAACUGAAACCACCAACGAUACAUACCUAGAAUGCACCCUAACUCUAAACAAUCAUUCCUUCCAAAUAGACCUAAUACCAGUGACGAUAAGAAACAUCGACGUGAUCAUUUGCAUGAGUUGGUUAAAUCCUCACCAUACCAAUAUCAUGUAUUAUGAAAAGGCCGUCCAACUUAACUUACCAAAUAAUGAAACCCUUGUCAUCUAUGAUGCCAAACCCGACACAAACCUCCAAAUCGUCUCUUGCAUCAAGGCUCAGAAGUACCUACAUAAGAGGUACCAUGCCUUUCUAACCCACGUUAUGGACGAGAAACAGGAAGUGAAAGACAACAAGGAUAUUCCAGAAGUCUAUAACCUCCCCGAUGUAUUCCCAGAAGACCUUUUGAGAAUACCACACGUUCGCCAAGUCGAGUUCAGAAUUGAUUUGAUUCCUAGAGUCUCCCAUAACCAAAUCCUUAUAUCGAUUAACAUCGACGAAAAUGCAGGAAUUGUCCAGUCAACUGAACGAACUAAUGAAUAA